AAGACGAACACAGAGGAGAUGAAUAACUCUACAGUGAACUUCACCACAUCUGAGCGAUCUACAAACUACACAACUCCUUCCAUUUGGCUUGUGGAAAGUGUGAACAUAUGUGUGCACAGCUUUAAUUUCCUUGUUGGUUUUCCUACACACUUAUAUGUUGCAUGGCUCAUCAUGAGAAGAGCAGGAAGUGGAGUUGCAUUAGAAUUCUUCUUCCUAAAUCUCUCUAUUGCAGAGAUUGGUUUCAGCGUGAAUAGUUUGAUCGCUGUACUGUCAGAAUGGUUUUCAUUUAUAGUGGUUUUUAGGCUAUUUUUAGUAGGACUAAUCGUUAGUGGCCGUCCUCUGUUUCAGUUACUGAUGUGUGUUGAGCGUUACCUGGCAGUGCUUCAUCCUGUAACGUUCCUGAAGUACAAACCUCUCAGAUAUAGAGUGAUCUGCUGCAUUGCAGCCUGGAUAAUUAUUCUUGGCUCUUGUUUGUGCUGCAUGUUUACUGUAGUCUCACACAACAUUGCAUAUUUGUGGUUCUUGUCAUUUCUGUUCCUCAGCUUUUUCUGCAUUCAGUUGUUUUGUCUUGUGGCUGUUCUCAGAGCUCUGAAGCAGUCAGGACCAGGAGAGAGAGGGAGAGAAAGAGGGGAGGACAACCACAUGAAGAGAAGAGCCUUUUAUCUCAUUCUCAUAACAACCGUGAACAUGGUUAUCACAUAUGUCCCAUAUUUUAUUGCAGGAUUCUUUACCAUUGUCACAAAAAAGCUUCUUGACGCACAUUGGGUCCCUGUUUUGGUUUUUUACGUGCUGGCUGGUUUUGUUCAGUCUGUUCUUUAUCUGCACCAGGCUGGAAAACUCUCCUGUGUCUUGUAAGACAUGUUAUUGUUAUAUAUUAUGAAAGAAUGAGAAAAAAAAAUCACUUGUGUGUCCUUGUAGCUCAUUUUCCCCUCUUAAUUAAGGUUUUGUUGUUUUAUGA